CUGUGUGUGUAUGUGUGUGUGUGUGCGCGCGGAGAGGGGAGCACUCGCUCCGCGGGCUAUGAGGAGAGUUGUUGGAAUAAGAGAAGACCGAGGCUUUCCAAUGUACCCACUUGACUUGGAAAACAAGGAGAACGGCUCUGUCGGUGUUCAAAAUGCCGUAGAGAAUGGGAGACCAUCUGACCCUGUGGACUGGGCCGUAAUAGAUGUUGUCAAUUAUUUCCGUACAGUGGGAUUCGCGGAACAAGCCAUUGCUUUUCAGGAACAGGAAAUUGAUGGAAAAUCCCUGCUGCUGAUGACAAGGAAUGAUGUGUUGACAGGACUUUCAUUAAAAUUGGGUCCUGCUCUGAAAAUCUACGAAUAUCAUGUAAAACCUCUGCAGACACAGCAUUUAAAGAACAACUCAUAG